UUCGCGAGAAAACAGCAACACCUUCUCGUCUUGUCAAAUCCGAUCAGAGACUUCACCUGAAGAGAACCUCACGGUGAGAGAGAGAGAUCCAACAAUGGCGUCGAAUUCAUCUAUUUUUCUCCUCGUCGUCCUCCUAACGCUCUCAUCGACUCUAUCCUUCUGCUUCGCCGAUCGAGAUUCCGAUUCAGAUCUCGUCGCGGAGCUUGUCUCCCUCCGAUCCGCCUCCGAAUCCGGCGUCAUACGGCUCAACGACCAGCGCGUCUCCCACUUCCUCACCUCCAUCUCCGCUCCACGUCCUUACUCACUCCUCAUCUUCUUCGACGCCGCCCAGCUUCACAGCAAGCAGGAGCUCCGCCUCCAGGAGCUCCGCCGCGAGUUUGCCGUGGUAUCCGCCUCCUUCGCCGCCAACAAUAACAAUGGAACCGACGCUGACAAGCUUUUCUUUUGCGAGAUUGAGUUCUCGGAGUCCCAGUCUUCGUUCCAGCUCUUUGGCGUCAACGCCCUUCCCCACAUCCGGCUCGUGGGUCCGUCCACGGUGAAUCUUAGGGAUGAUUCCGGUCAGAUGGAUCAAGGAGAUUACUCUCGUUUGGCGGAAUCAAUGGCGGAGUUCGUCGAGCAUCGGACCAAGCUCACCGUCGGUCCGCUUCACCGGCUGCCUCUCCUGUCGAAGACGCAGAUUGGGAUUGUCGUAGCGUUGAUCACGAUCUGGACUCCGUUUGUUAUUAAGAGGGUACUCAAAGGGGAAACUCUUAUCCAUGACCGUAGGGUUUGGUUAUCUGGCGCCAUUUUCGUCUACUUCUUCAGUGUCGCGGGCACGAUGCACAACAUCAUCAGGAAUAUGCCCAUGUUCCUACCGGACAGGAACGAUCCGUCACGGCUCAUCUUCUUCUACCAGGGUUCAGGUAUGCAGCUUGGUGCUGAGGGAUUAGCGGUCGGGUUCCUGUACACAGUGGUCGGGUUGCUCUUGGCGUUUGUCACCAACGUGCUUGUCCGAGCGAGGAAUGUUACUGUGCAGAGGUUGAUCAUGCUUUUGGCUCUGUUCAUAUCGUUUUGGGCUGUGAAGAAGGUGAUUUACUUGGAUAAUUGGAAGACAGGAUAUGGAAUUCACCCAUAUUGGCCUUCCAGUUGGCAUUGAUCAAAUCUUAUGAGGUCUAUUCUAUAUCCUUUGGCUAGUAACGAUGGAUUUAGACCGUCUGAUCGGUAAAGAUCUCGGUCUCAUUGUGAUUAAGCGUUUCCAUGGAUGUGCGGGGGAAGACUAC